CUGCCCAUAAGCAAUCUCCCAACUCAUCUCUGUGUUAACGUUGAUUUAAGAAUGCAGUCGGUAGCUACAUGCAAUGACAACCGACAGCAAAGGGUAGCACUGGGUUGCACAGAGCAACGAAGGGGGUGUAGUGCAAGUCAAUGUUAAGAGAUAUUAAUGAGAAGCAUAUGUCAGGUUGUCCCAAGUUGUUUACAAGCUAAUGGACAACAAGAAGAAAAUAAAGAUGUAAAGUUAACGAAUAUCCUUCUUAAUGUAAAAGGGAAUUCACUAACGGAAAUUCGGUUAGUGAAUUCGUAGUGUUAGCAUUUGUCGUAAAAGUGAGGUUAGACCGUUUUAUACAACGGCACCUAUCUGUCACGUAAAAUAAAAUGGCAAUAGAGUUUUUGAUAAAUAGACUGAAGGCCGUUUUUGUACUUCUAUUGGGCGCAUUUAAGCGUGCCUUAUGUUGUCUUCGGAGAAGACGAAGAUCGUCUUGUGAUUCGGUACCCCUCUCUGCGGUGGGAGUGGUGCCUAGUGUUGUAAACAGCUCCGGGGAUUCAGAUCAAUGGGAACACUGGGAAGAAAACCCAGUCAUUGUCAUUCCAGACAAGCCACCAAAUAUAAUACAAACCAAAAUCGAGCAAUAUCGUCAACAGAUAUCCAAUCCGGCGAUACCUCCAGAUGAGAAUUCAUUAAAUUUCUUUAAGGACAUGACUCCAAAAAUAACAAACACUCGAGUGCUCAUUAAGGAGAAAAGUGGGACUGAGCCUAAUAACGGUACUUCAAAGUUUGCCGUUUCUAUUUAUAUUCAUCCUGUGCCUGAAAAUAAACUAGGUGAAUGAGAGGAUAACACCAGUAGUUGGGAAGAAGAAACUAUUAAAGAAUUUGGAGACCCAACUAUUGCGUUAAGAAAGCAAAAACGAAGGGAAAGGGAACAACGUCUAUUUGAACAACAACAAAAAAGAAUGAAGCGUAACUUCAGACCACAGCCUUUAGGUGCAAAAAUAGGUUCUUGAUUCAAUGUUGCAUUAUUACCGAAAUCAAUAAUUUAAGUAUCUUAAAAAAAUGCCGGAAUUCUUAUUAAAAAUCUGCUAGCUGGCAAGAUUAAUGGUGGUAAGUGGAAUAAGGAAAUAGUAUUGUCUGACAAUGUUAAUCAUUAUUAUCAUACAUGGACAAGUAAUGAGUCAAAAGAAAGUAAACACAGGUUAAUAAAAUUCCACUUCGGGGUAA